AUGCCUCUCUCCACACUGUUCGUGGGUUCCCUGUUGGCCCUUCAGGCCGGUGCUAUGCCUGGACGCGACAAUGCUGCCGUCCUGCGCCGAGCCUGCCCUGACUACACUUCCUACUCCCAGACACCACACGGCCCUUAUAGUGGCGGUCCCCUGAACCUUCCCUUCCAGCGUCCUGCGCCAGCAUGCCGGACAUUCUCGUCCUCCUCCGUCGAGAAGGUCAUUGACGAUAUGACUUCGCGUCUUGUUGACAAGGACCUUGCUCAGCUUUUCCGUAAUGCCUUCCCCAACACUCUGGACACCACAAUCCGCUGGCAUCAGAAUGGCACCAGCUCAGCGUCCAAGAGACAAAGCAAGCGGGAUACCGCCGUGUGGACUGGCGCGCAGACAUUCAUCGUGACUGGCGACAUCGAUGCGGAGUGGCUGCGUGACUCGACCAACCAGCUUACCAACUACCAGAAGCUGGCCACCGAUGACAAGAGCCUGUAUACGCUCAUUCUCGGCACCAUUGCGACUCAGUCCGAGUACGUCAUCCAGUCGCCUUACUGCAAUGCCUACCAGCCACCGUCCGUCAGUGGCAUCCAGCCCGAGAAAAACACCGAGGUUGAUACCGUUCACCCCGGGUAUGAGAAAUCCUUUGUGUACGAGUGCAAGUACGAACUCGACUCGCUCGCCCAUUUCCUGAAGCUGGGUAUCGAGUUCCACGAGAACACCGGCUCGACCGAGUUCCUGACCGACCGUUGGUUCAAGGCCCUUCAGACGCUCCUUGACACCAUUGACGCGCAGUCGCAGCCGACUUUUAACUCCGAGAACCAGUUUGUCCCCAACCAGUAUACCUUCCAGCGUGAAACCACUAUUGGCACCGAGACUCUGAACCUGGGCGGUAUCGGCAACCCGCUCAACAGUGGCACCGGUCUCAUUCGUAGCGCUUUCCGCCCUAGCGACGACGCCACGAUUCUGGGAUAUUUCAUCCCGGCUAAUGCCAUGAUGUCGGUUGAGCUUCAAAAGAUCGCCAAGGUUCUCAAGAAGGCUGGUGGCCACGACGACCUGGCCGACGAGCUGGAGCAGCGUGGUAAGAAGCUUGCCGCGGCAGUGCGCGAGCACGGUAUCUUCAACCAUGCCAAAUACGGCGAUGUCUACGCCUACGAGGUUGACGGCUAUGGCUCGCGCAUCUUCAUGGACGAUGCCAACAUCCCCUCGCUCCUGUCUCUGCCCUACCUGGGCUUCCUCGAUGCGAGCGACAAGACCUACCAAAACACUCGUAAGAUGAUCACCGACAAGUCCGGUAACCCUUACUAUCUCGAGGGACCCGACUUCCACGGCAUCGGCGGUCCUCACAUCGGUCUCGAGAACGCCUGGCCCAUGUCCCUUCUUGUGCAAGCUCAAACUUCCGACAACGACACCGAGAUCAUGGAGUGCAUCAACCUGGUCCGCGACUCGAGUCUGCUCGGCCUCGUGCACGAGUCUAUCAACGUCACCAACAUCAAGCAGUAUACUCGCCCUUGGUUCGCCUGGGCCAACUCCGUGUUUUCCGAGACUCUUCUCAAAGUUGCGGAGGAGCGCCCGCACUUGAUCUUUGGCGAGGAUGCGAAGCCGUAUAGUAUUUAA